AUGGCCUUGGAGCCUGAUCUGAAAGAAGAUCUUUGCGAUCAGAUUCACGAUUGUGUCAACAAACGUGGCGUGCACCAAGAUUGCGACGUCGGGUGGUUUCGUCAAGAUCUCAAACCAAAACCGCCAACGCAUCUCAUAGAUGUUGAUACCAAGGAUCCCAGUAUUGUUCGACUCAUUGCAACCGCCGAGGAUCUGCACAAGGACUUCAUCCCCGAGUAUCUCACGCUCAGCUAUUGCUGGGGCUCCACCAAUGAACAGGCCAAAACUACACGAGCAACAAUAGCUGCGAGGCGCGAAGGGAUCGCAGUACAUGAUCUCCCGAAGACUAUACAAGAUGCUGGAGGUGCUUUUUCUAGGACUACAUGUGCUUCAUAAACUACGAGGAUUUAUUGGUCCGAGUGACUAUGAAGAAUCAACUGUUGUUGAUCCUGAUACUAUAGUAUCAUGUGGAGGGAUUCUCUUGCGAAAGGCAGGUCAAUACUACGAGCGUGUUGGAAGACUUGAUUUUGACAUGCCCAAGAAUUAUCAACGCCGUACAAGGUUGAAG